UGUGUUGAGACGGGGCGGUGGAGCCGCGGUGCAGUGCUGUGUUGAGACGGGAUGGUGGAGCCGCGGUGCAGUGCUGUAUUGAGACGGGAUGGUGGAGGCCUCCAGCAGCUCCUGCUUGGAGUGCAGGUUGAGUCAUACGAGCGUGAUUCAAAUCUUGGCUGAGGACCCACACAGAGCUCUGCAUUGGUCAUUGAGCUUUUGCAGGGAUAGGAAGGAGAGCCAGCUCGGGGUAGCUGACCUCAUCACUCUUCUGGUCAAUCAUUUCAAAUGGGCUAAAAUACUUCCAGGAUUGUACUGUGUGAAGGGAAGCCACUGUAACUGUGUAUUGUCCACGAAAGAACUGCACGUUCAUGUACAUUUACAUGUGCUCUUAAUAUAUCGGUAUGUGUAUAUGAUGUGUGUGUUAGGCAUGACAGUGUUUGGAUUAAUAAAGAAAAUAUUUUCCCCAAGUGCCUUUUAAUGUGAUGAAGUGGUUUCAGUGGGCGUGCAGUUUAUAGGCAGGGAAGUACUGUAAUACAAGAAAGACUUUCGAAUCUGAACUGUUACUGGAGGGCUUCUGUAUGAGUCCGUCUUUCAAACUUUAAAUCAUCACAACACAGAAUUGAACGAUUAACAAGUCAAAAACUUUGCUUUCACACACACACUGUUGUAAAAAUCUACAUUAAACCAGCAUGUUUAUCUUUAUAUGCCAGCUACUGAAACACAGACACGUGUGCAGAUAGACACAACAUCUGAGAUGUGUGUUUCUUUCUGCAAAGUCAACAAUCGCUUCACAAGCUGGAAACAUUGUUAUGAAAGUGCUUUAAAAAAAAACCUUUGGAAAUUGAUGGGAGCACACCAUUAUUGGUGGUGACAUGCGGAGUAACGGUCAGACAAUCUUACACGUUGGCCAUUCCCCAAUCUACCGUAUAAUUUAGAUUAUGAUUAUAAUGCCCGAUAAAGAACACAGAUACUGAAAGCAGAGAUCUAUUCUAAGACCGAUGAUUUAAAACCUGUAUGUCGAUUGCAACCACUCCCCCCCGGCCCUGUUUUUUUGAAAGUCCAGUUUCCCUUUUCAGCGACAGAAUGAGGAAGUAAAGUCUCAGGCAAGCGUUCCGGGUUCAGGGAUUCAUCAGAUAUUCGUGUAAAUCUGUCCGCUUUUGCAAUGAGUCGCAUUUAUCACAACACGGCGUUGCAGAAUAAACCUGUACACAACGAGACAGUGAGUGCAGUGUGGCAGCCGGCUGUGUAUCAAAGCGGCACAGGAGUGAUUUUGGAAGGUGAGCUGAUUGAUGUGUCGCGUCACGUGAUCACUGAUGUCAACACUCACAAGGAUCGCUAUUAUGUUCUGUACAUCAAACCCAGCCGAGUGCACCGGAGAAAGUUUGACGCAAAAGGAAAUGAAAUUGAGCCGAACUUCAGCGAGACGAGGAAGGUCAACACAGGCUAUCUCAUGUCAUCCUUCACGGUGGAGGCUAAAGGAGAGACAGACCGGCUGUCUGUGGAGGAGCUGAGGGCCACAGUGAGCAAAGCGGAGCUGGAGAAGGUGACUGCGAAGCACUCUCCCAGCCAGACAGCAGCGUUCUGGAUCCAGGAGGGGGAAAUGCACAAGACUGAGUUAGAGGUGGGCCAGCAACUCCGGCUGAAAACUAAAGGAGACGGUCCCUUCGUAUUUUCUUUAGCCAGGCUGGACGGGGGCUCCGUGACGAAGUGCAACUUUGCUGGGGAUGAAAAGGCAGGGGCCUCCUGGACCGACAAGAUCAUGGUCAACAAGCCAGAGAGCAGAGCUGCAGCUAAACCAGCUACGCAGGGAGACGCAGCCGAGGAGGAUGAGUGGCCUGAGGACAUGCAGCAGCAAAUAAUCAGAGAAACGUUCCAUCUGGUGUCUAAAAGGGAUGACAACAUCUGUAACUUCUUGGAAGGAGGAAGUUUAAUCGGAGGCUCUGACUACAAGCUGAUCUACAGACACUACGCCACCCUGUACUUCGUGUUCUGUGUGGACUCCUGUGAAAGCGAGCUGGGGAUUCUCGACCUCAUACAGGUUUUUGUGGAAACUCUUGAUAAAUGCUUUGAAAAUGUCUGUGAGCUGGAUCUGAUAUUCCACGUGGAUAAGGUGCACUACAUUCUCCAGCAGGUGGUGAUGGGUGGUAUGGUGCUGGAGACCAACAUGAACGAGAUUGUGGCUCAGGUAGAGAAUCAGAACCGGCUGGAGAAAUCAGAGGGUGGUCUGUCUGCUGCUCCGGCCCGAGCGGUCUCUGCCGUGAAGAACAUGAAUCUCCCUGAAAUCCCUCGCAACAUCAACAUCGGAGACAUCAACAUCAAAGUGCCCAACCUCUCGCCCUUCGUCUAAUCCAGCGCUGCCAAGGAGACCUGCAGCACUUGGCCAUACAGAGUUGUACCAGGAGGGAUCACAUGCUACUGACUCCACAUCUCAAAGGUUUAGUGGGGUGCUAGUAAAAGAGACAGAGCUGGGCUCUAGUGACUGUCUCUUUAUAGACAGGAAAGCCACAAACAAUGAGACCUCCAGGUUUUCAUGACCCCAUUGUUUUACAUGUUAAAAGCAUGCUUUGAUGCAAAUCUGGUGACACCGAUAUACUCAUUUCAAUGUACUCUGGUCAGAAUUGUGCUCCAAUUAACUCCUUGGUGUUUCAGUAUAGUCUCCCCUUACAUUGUAUUCAAUGGCUUUUGGAGGUGCCUUUUCUUUAAAGAUUGGUAGAUUUGCUGGCCCAUUUUUUGUUCCUCCCACCCAGCACUCUGUACAGCUGUUUGUAUUGUUUGGUUUUGGUUUUAUCGUUCUGAUGGCUUCUUGGAAGUAAUGCCUGGUACAGCAUGACCACAGAGUUCUGAGUCAGUUCAGUUAGAUCUUCUCCCUUUGUGCUCCGUCUCCUCUUCGAAGGUCCAGGAGUUGAGGUUAAAGCAAGGGCUUUAACCCUGUCUUGCCCAAGGAUUUUUUGAAAUAAGAAAAGCAACUUUAUUUAUGUAACUAGAUUCCAUUUCUUUUUAUUUUUUUUCUGUCCGGCAAAACAUAAUGUACUGCAUAUGAAAAGUGAUGCUUGUGAGGCUGGAUUUAAAAAAUAAUUAUGUAUCGGGGUAGCUGAGCAUUGUAUCAGAUGUGGUGCAGAAAUAGGCAUUACAGGGCUUCAAUCCAUCCGCUUGAAUGGAGAAAUCUAACCGCGCUUUAUAUUUGCAUCAUUAAUUUUGUUCUCAAACUGCUGUUCUUGUAUUGUUCCUAAGCUACUGUACAAUAAAAAUCCCCAGUUCAAAUGAUA